AUGAGUCGCAGAUUUACUCUCCACUCAGAGGUCAGCAGUAUUUCAGAAGAGGAAGAUAGCUUCAACCUUGCUGUUAUUGGAGAUAGCAGUGUAGGAAAGUCAACCUUGAUCUGCAGACUCAUCAAACACUGGACAGAACAGAGCAGCAAAUCCCACAAGAAAAGUAAGAAACGUGGUAACGCUCGAGCUGAUCUUGGAAUCAAAGGGCGAAGUCUGACAGUCGAUAUUGUGGACACAUCCACAACGAAAACCUGCACCUUCCCGCAGGGACUCCCCUCCAUUGAUGUAUACGUGUUGGUGUACUCGCUGGUGUGUGAUGACUCCUUUGAGUCUUUGGUAGCAGCCAGGGACCAGAUCCUCCAGCAAGAGGGACCUUCAGUCCCUAUAGUGUUCGUGGCCAACAAGACAGACAUCGCUGGCUCUGUAGAUAAGACCGAGAGAAUGUCCCGAGAUCUGAACAUUAAAUGCGAAUGGGAACAUGGACACGUGGAGAUCUCGGCUGAGAAGGACCUUAGUGUCUUGCAGAUUGGACAGUUUUUAGAGAAAGAUAUUUUGGGGGUUCUGAAAAGGCAGUCGAAAAUACCGGUGCUAGUAUCUCGUGUAUCAGGCAUUAUCAUUUGCAGAAGAAGCCAGUCUUCGUCAGGCAGUUAA